AUGGCAACGAUCAGCUUGGGACUCCUGUUCGUCUUCGUCAGGCUUGGCUGGGGUCUUCCCAGCUCCGUCCUGACCGUCCACCCUCGGAAGGCGCUGGUGGAACUGGGGGGCUCCGUCCGGCUGACCUGCUCCACGGACUGCCCCGGCGGGAAGGUCCAGUGGGAAGGCCUGGACACGGACCAAGGGGAAGUCUUCUCCAACAACACACACAGCAUCCUGACCAUCUCCAAAGCCGCCGUCAGCAUGGAAGGAGCCAAGUUUUGCACAGGGCAGUGCCGGGGGGCCUCCGACCAGAAGAACGUGGAGCUGCAGGUGUACUCUUUUCCCGAUGCCUUGCAACUGGACUCUGAGCCGAAGAUGCUGAGGGUUGGGCAGCCGGCCCGCCUUGUCUGCUCCUUGAGCAAUGUGUACCCUCCGGGCGCCCUGACGCUGAGCUGGUUCCGGGGAGAGGAGAGGCUGGAGGCUACCGAGGAAAAAGACGACAUGGUGGAUUUUGAGCAGCAGCUGAUGUUCUAUAGCUCUGUCCUUGAGGUCCCGGCGGCCGCAGAGGGAGCAGCCUACAAGUGCGAAGCGACUCUGGAGCUCGAGCCGGACACGUUCCGCCAAUCCAGGGUGGCCGCCGUGAAACCCCAAACCACACAGGUGCCCGGCGCUACAGAGGAGGCUACUUUUGCCCCCGUGACGGAAAGGACGAGCCGCGUGGCUGCUCUGGAGCCGGCUGUCACCUUGCCGGCGGCAACCACCAGGGGCCUUCCCCUUCUCUCCCCCACCGAGCCCCCGACCAUGACGUCAACCGCUUCUCCCGCUCCAGAACCCCUUCCGGAAACGAGCAGCCCUUCCCCGACAAGGAACCCCGUUGCGGAGGCGAUGACGAGCUCUCACAACUCUGGGACCGGGGCCAACACCGUGCAAGUCCCCGUCUCGACGUCGACGCCAGCAACCUCGCGGGCCUCUCGCUUGACAGGUGGACCGCCUACCACCACGCCCACCCCCACCGCGGCCAGCGGCCUCGCCACGCUCGCCACCGAAAAGCCACGCAGCUCCUCCACCGCCACGGACCCCUCUAGAGACUCCUGCCGCCCAGUCAUCACCCCUGUCCCCACCCAAGGCAGCACAGGGGGCACCCUGCGGAUCACGUGCCUCGCGGCCGACUGCGACGGAGACGUCCAGGUCCGAUGGGUGGAGACUCCCGUGGCUAAGUCCCGGUACCGCCAAGAAGAAGCCGAGGGCUGGUCCACCCUGGUUGUGGAGAGCGUCUCCCUGGAGCAUCAGGGGGUCUACCGGUGCAUCGUGAUAGCCAGCCAGCCCCGCAUAGCCAGCUUGACCAUCUCCAUCACGCCUAAUGCUACGUUCAGCACGGAAACCGCUGUCGCCAUCGGAAGCACCGGCUCACUCCUGGGGGUUGUGAUCACCGGUUACGUGGCCCGUCGCUUGUGGCGGCGGCGCGGCUAG